AUGAAUCGGAUUCGGGUUGCCCGCCUUCUUCGACCUCUGCGAAACCUAACGCUAGCUCCGACCUCUCGUCUCCUCUCUCGAUGCUCCUCCAAUGGCGAUCUCCAAGACGAUCCUCCCUUCUCUCGCAUUCCUAAGCCCUCCUCCAAACCUUCCAACCCCCUUCCCCUCCACUCUGACCUCCCCUUCGACUUUCGCUACUCCUACUCUGAAUCUGACCCCUCUAUCAGACCCAUCGGCUUUCGCGAGCCUCCUCGCUUCUCCCCCUUCGGUCCUGGCCGUCUCGACCGCGGAUGGAACGGUGUGUCUGCGCCUGUCACCCGAGAGGUAGGCGAGAUGGAGAGGGCCAUGGAGGAGGAGCGGAGGAAGGCCGUUCUUGGAGACCCGCUCACUGAGGAGGAGGUUGCCGAGCUUGUGGAGAAGUAUCGGCAUAGCGACUGCUUCCGCCAGAUCAAUCUAGGCAAGGAUGGUGUAACCCAUAACAUGCUUGUUGAUGUUCAUAACCACUGGAAGAGAUCUGAAGCUGUCAGAAUUAAAUGUUUGGGUGUGCCAACUCUUGACAUGGAUAAUGUUUGCUUCCAUCUAGAGGACAAAACUGGUGGGAAGAUUAUCUAUAGGAGUGUCAAUAUUAUUCUUUUGUAUCGUGGUCGGAACUAUGAUCCAAAACAAAGGCUGAUAAUACCUGUGAUGUUGUGGAAGCCUCAUGCGCCGAUUUAUCCAAGGCUUGUAAAAAAUGUUGUCGAUGGUCUGACCUUUGAGGAAACAAAAGAGCUAAGGGACAAAGGAUUAAAUUCUCCUGCUCUAAUGAAACUUACCAGGAACGGCGUGUAUGUAAAUGUGGUGGAUAGAGUCCGGGAGGCCUUCAAAACUUCUGAUGUUUUGAGGCUAGACUGUACGCAUGUGGGAAGAAAUGACUGCAAGAAGAUUGGCGUAAAGCUAAGGGAUUUGGUUCCCUGCGUUCCUCUCUUAUUCAAAGGAGAACAGAUAGUAAUUUGGAGAGGAGGAAGGAACAAGCCUGGUUUUCAGCAGAAUUCAUGAUGGUGUUUCUUCUCUAUGAGAUAUACCAGGCUAUAUACACAUUUUUUAUUCUGCUAGGCAAGUUAUGAGCAUAAAUCCUUCAUCCAGGAUUUUGUUUGAGGUUUUACAGAAUCAGAAAAUGGUGAAAUUUUGCUUAAUGGUAAAGCUUGUUGGUCUGCGUUCUAUACACUAUUUUUCUCGGGGCAUGGGGGCAGGAGAUUUAGAUUGCUGGCUUUAUUCUGAUUGUGUUAUCAAAUGAGAAUUGGCCUACUUUGUAUGCAUACAGAAAUAAAGCUCUCACACUCAUGCUGCCCUUGCGAUUUUUGUACGCUCUGAUCAUGUUCUUAUUUUUGGCACGCAUCAAUAAUGCUGGGAUGCUCUUCACAUUAUAAAAUGAAUUGAAUUAUGUAUUUACAUUAUGACAUGUAGUGGUUUCUUGUCAACAUAUUAUUUAUGGCAUUUCAUUAGAA